AUGGCCGCGUCGCUCGAAGCGCAAAAUUGCCAAGACAAGGACCAGUUGUCGAAAGUUACGCAGAGUUUGCGAGACAUGAUGCUGAGCCAUGCGAACGAGAUGGAGAAGCUGCAUGCGGCACAGGACACCAUCAACGAAGAACGGACGCGUUGUGAUGCCCUCGUCCGUCGCCAUCAGCUGAACGCGACCUUUCUCGCAGAUACACAAGGGCUCAAGACCCAAUUAGCAGAGCUCGAGACGCAGCACGAAGCGCUCGUGAAGGUUGUGAGUUCUACUGGAUGGCACUACUCGACGGGAGAAAAAAUGAUUAAUGCGCUGCGGCAGUCGCUGCACUUGGCAAAGCCGAGCUGCACCCCACCGACAACUCUGCCGCACGGCGUCGUCAAGCGCCGCGUGUACCUGUCCCCGCGUGAACGUGUACAUAGCUCGACGAGUCGACACAACAUGAACGUGCUUGGCGCACCCACCGACGCGGUACGGCCGUUGUGCGAUCUGUAG